CUGCCGCUACUAUUAAACAACUAUUAUCUAUUGCAAGGUUAAUUGUAUGCCUUGCUUGGUAUUGCAUUAAGCCCUUCAUACAUUCCAUCUCAUUUCAUCUUUACAAUAACAUUGCACUGAAAACACUAUUUUGAAGUCCCUUAGAUAAGCUGAGAACUAGAGAGGUGGGAAAACUUGCCCAGGUCUCCAGGGUAAGUGACAGAGCUGGGACUCAAGCACUGAGAGCCUGAUUCCUGAACCCACUGUUCCUAGUUCCGCCAUGUGACCUAAUGAGGUCUUGAUUUCUCUCUCCUGUCUCAGUUUGCUCAUCUCUAUUACUCGGUGAGAUCACUGCUAAUUGUAGCAGUCCCUGUUUAGUCCCUGCAAGAAUGAGCUGGCCAGAGGUUUAUAGCCUGGCUGUUUAGUGUCCUCAAUCAGAUUCCUCCAAAGCUGACCAGUCCUUUUCUUCAUCUUUAUGUGCCAUAAAAGGAAAGAUUCUUUACCCGUUCAAAAUACAGUUUGUAAUCGGAACAUUCUGUUGACACUAGAACUACUUUAUUAUUGUUAAUCCUGUUUCUAACUGCUAUUUGUCGUAAUUUUAGUAAUAGUCUGUCAUGGCAUCCCCACCCAUUUCCAGGCUAAGCACUUCAUAUGCAUUACCCCGAGUUGUCAGUAGCUUUUUUAUAAAAUAAGAGCACAUGUUAGUGGGGUUGAAGAACAUGGGGUUAAAUGACUGCUCAUUUGACCCCAGGUCUGUCUGGUUUUCUGCUACUCUGGUUAUCUCUGUCAUGGACUGGGAUGCCAGGAGUGACUGGAUCAGGCUAGGGAAUGACUAAAAUUAAGGGAUAGAUUCUCAUCUGGAGCUGGAGAUCUGGGCUGGCGUCAGAUGGGAUGUGCAGUGUUAGUCAUGAGAUCAAAAGAGCGGGGUAAACUGAGAUGAGGGGUCAGGAGUUAGCAGUACAAAGUGAACAGGACACAUGUUCAGACUUUCAUGAGGCAGCCAGGAUUAUAAAUAACAUGUUGGAGGUUCAUUCUGAUGGGCUUUAGAUUUUAUAGCUGGCAAUAGUGGGCAGCUAACUUAAAGACCUGGGAGGGUAAGACAAUUCCUUCCACCCAUCUGGUCUUUCUGGGGAAACUAAGUAAUAAUGGAGCUUCCAUCGGAGUCAUUCUCCGUAUGCACAGGACUGGCCGGAUGUGCCCUUCUGGAGGAGAGGACCUGUAUCUGUCUACCACGGACCUCCGUUAAGGCUGGGAACCUGCAUUCCCAUGUCAUAGGAAUGGGAGACAUGGCUCGGGCUUUUCCCAGUCUGAGGCUGUCUCCGUGCCUGCGGCUUUGGUGAUGGGAACUCAUGUUCCCUUGGCAAAGCAUGAAAGCUUUGGGGAAAGAAUCCUUGACUCUGUCUUCUGCCUCAGAGAGCUCAGUGAAGGUGCAGACAGCUGAGCUAACUCUGUGUACGGAUGUGCACAUAGUAAGUUCAUUUUUUAAAGGGGGACAGCUUAGACGGGGAGGCAGGCAGGCAAGCUUUUUAAUCAAAGAAAGUGGUAUGGUAUUUCAGAAAUGUAGGGGGAGAAUGUGUUGGUAUUUUUACAAGUUGGCAGGCUUGUUCAGUUAGCUGAUCUGCAGUGCCAGCUCUGGGAAGCACAGAUGUCCCUGUGCUUUGUAAGGUAACAUGCUUUGGGGCCAAACACCAACUGUCGCCCUCAGUCUGUUGUCCCAGAUGAUGGGAGGAUGGAAGCUAUUUUAUUGGUUUAGAACUGAGAGGGUUUGCAUGGCUCCUGAGUUCAGGUUUCUACCAGUGUUUCUAUACUAUUACCCUCAGACCCACGGCAUUUCAGAACUCGGCGUUCAUGAUUUCAGAUACCUACAGGAGACCUUAUAGGUUCGUGAGUUUGACCUUGUGGAGCAUGACCGGUAAGCCGUUCAGUUCUGCGCUGUGCUGACAGGACCCUUCAAAGGAAGAGCGAUGGCCACGGCGGCGGCGGCUUCUCACCUGAACCUGGACGCCCUCCGGGAAGUGCUGGAAUGCCCCAUCUGCAUGGAGUCCUUCACGGAGGAGCAGCUGCGGCCCAAGCUCCUGCACUGCGGCCACACCAUCUGCCGCCAGUGCCUGGAGAAGCUGCUGGCCAGUAGCAUCAACGGCGUCCGCUGCCCCUUCUGCAGCAAGAUCACCCGCAUCACCAGCCUGACGCAGCUGACCGACAACCUGACGGUGCUGAAGAUCAUCGACACGGCCGGGCUCAGCGAGGCCGUGGGGCUGCUGCUGUGCCGGUCCUGCGGGCGGCGGCUGCCCCGGCAGUUCUGCCGGACCUGCGGCGCGGUGCUGUGUGAGCCCUGCCGGGAGGCCGACCACCAGCCCCCCCGCCACUGCACGCUCCCCGUGAAAGAGGCCGCCGAGGAGCGGCGCCGGGAGUUUGGCGAGAAGUUGGCCCAUCUGCGGGAGCUGGUGGGGGAGCUGCAGCGGCGGAAGGCGGCCUUGGAGGGUGUGUCCAAGGACCUGCAGGCCAGGUACAAAGCCGUCCUGCAGGAGUACGGGCACGAGGAGCGCAGGGUCCAGGAGGAGCUGGCUCGCUCCCGCAAGUUCUUCACGGGCUCGCUGGCCGAGGCUGAGAAAUGCAACAGUCUAGCGCUGGAGGAGCAGAGCUACCUGCUCAACAUCGCCGAGGUGCAGGCCGUGUCUCGCUGUGACUACUUCCUGGCCAAGAUCAAGCAGGCAGACGUGGCGCUGCUGGAGGAGACAGCGGACGAGGAGGAGCCCGAGCUCACUGCCAGCCUGCCCCGCGAGCUUACCCUGCAGGACGUGGAGCUCCUCAAGGUCGGCCACGUGGGCCCCCUCCAAAUCGGGCAGGCUGUCAAGAAGCCCCGGACAGUCAACAUGGAAGAUUCCUGGGCCAUGGAGGCGGCAGCCUCUGCGGCCUCCGCCUCUGUGACAUUUCGAGAGAUGGACAUGAGCCCCGAGGAGGCGGUGGCCAGCCCCAGGGCCUCGCCGGCUAAGCAGCGGGGUUCCGAGACAGGCGCCGGCAUCCAGCAGUGUGUCUUUCUCAAGAAGAUGGGCGCCAAGGGCAGCACCCCGGGCAUGUUCAACCUUCCCGUCAGCCUCUACGCCACCGGUCAGGGCGAGGUGCUGGUGGCUGACCGCGGCAACUACCGAAUCCAAGUCUUUACCCGCAAAGGCUUUCUGAAGGAGAUCCGCCGCAGCCCCAGCGGCAUUGACAGCUUCGUGCUGAGCUUCCUGGGGGCUGAUCUGCCCAACCUCACUCCCCUCUCCGUGGCCAUGAACUGCCAGGGGCUGAUUGGUGUGACUGACAGCUAUGACAACUCCUUCAAGGUGUACACCCUGGAUGGCCACUGUGUGGCAUGUCACAGGAGCCAGCUGAGCAAACCCUGGGGCGUCACCGCCCUCCCGUCCGGCCAGUUCGUGGUGACUGAUGUGGAAGGUGGGAAGCUCUGGUGCUUCACCGUUGACCGAGAAGCGGGGGUGGUCAAGUACAGCUGCCUCUGCAGUGCCGUACGCCCCAAAUUUGUCACCUGCGAUGCUGAGGGCACCGUCUACUUCACCCAGGGCUUAGGCCUCAAUUUGGAGAAUCGGCAGAAUGAGCACCACCUGGAGGGCGGCUUCUCCAUCGGCUCUGUGGCCUCCGACGGGCAGCUGGGCCGCCAGAUCAGCCACUUCUUCUCGGAGAAUGAGGACUUCCGCUGCAUUGCUGGCAUGUGCGUGGAUGCCCGCGGCGACCUCAUCGUGGCUGACAGCAGUCGCAAGGAAAUUCUCCACUUUCCCAAGGGUGGGGGCUAUAGUGUCCUCAUUCGAGAGGGGCUCACCUGUCCAGUGGGCAUCGCCCUCACUCCUAAGGGGCAGCUGCUGGUCUUGGACUGUUGGGAUCAUUGCAUCAAGAUUUACAGCUACCACCUGAGAAGAUAUUCCACCCCUUAGGGAGAAAUGGGAGUUUCCUCUGUACCCCGGCCAGCGUCCUCUCCCCUUAUUCCUUGGUUAUUGGUGGUACUGUAGAGUAGACCUGCCCUGUGUCCCCAUUCCGGCUAGCUAGCCCGAGCAUUUUAGAAGCUGUUUUAGUUGUUUUUCUUUGCAUUAUUUCCCCCCUGCAUUUAGGCUUUAUCAGCUGCAUUGCCUCACAUCAGACCCAGGCUGGGGUCAGCUGAAGUGUGAUGAGAACUUCGGCACUCCCAGGCUUCAGUAGAGCCUUUUGCCCCGUAUUUGAAGUUUGCCCUUGUGUUGAAUGCACCCUGGCCCGUUUUCCUCUCUCUUGGCUUUGAAGACGCUGGGCUGUGAUUUCCUUCCUGUUGUAGUGCGUUUCCUCUGUGACACUUCCUCUUUGGCUCUGCUGCCCUCCGUGUGGGUGCUCCAGUGGGAUCGGCCCCAUCUUUCCGUGACAUUCCGGACCUCCUAUCCUGUGGGCUGACAUCUCAGGUCUGACCGCCUUUACCAGCGUGAACGCUCAUUCAGUGUCACCAAGGGAGAUACACCGUCCCUCCGGGAAUCAGCACCUCGCGGCUCCGGGUGCUUCGUGCCAUCUCUGAUUGGUCUCUACUUGUGGCUGUGACAGAAUGGAUCGACCCUAGUUGGUUGAUGUUGAAGACCUGAGUCUGGAUGUUGCUUGCCUUUUAAAGGAGCCUAUGGAUUGGAAUUAUGCCAAAGCACAGGAAGAUGGUAAUAAACAUAAUGCUGAUAUAGUCACAGCGGACACUGUUGGAUGGUCUCUGGAGCUCAUCAUUUUUCAUCCUACCUCUAUCCAUUGACCUGUGCUGAGAGCUGUCUGUGGACUUGGACUGUACAACACAGGCCAGCGCCAACCGAGUGGGGAGGGGGAUGCAUCCCAUUUCAUUAGUGAAACAAAAUUGUUGGGUCCUUAUUCUGUAUUUCCCUCAAGUAAGUGUAUAAUACUUGUUUUCGGGGUUUCUUUCCAUUCCUCUAUCAAGCAUUAAAUAAUUGAUAACUGUU